ACACCCACACACACACACCUAUGAAAGAUUAAUACGGCUAAUGAAAGAAAUAUUGCAUUAAAGUGACAUUAAAAUCACAGUGUAAAGACAGACUGGAACUUACCCUAUAGCCUGAUAGGCUAAAAUUGAAUUCGUCAUUUAAAAUGGUGACUGUUACUUUUUGCGUGGGACUCGCAACAAUGUGUGAUUCAUCAAGUAGCAGCUAAAAUGGCCGGCCAUGAGGAGCAAGAUGCGCCGUUUGUCACCCUCCACCCCUAGCAGCCGGGCCAUGGACAAGUAUGAGCAGCUAGCUGUCGUCGGCGAAGGCUCGUACGGCGUGGUGCUGAAGUGCCGCCGCCGCGACACAGGGCAGCUCGUCGCCAUCAAAAAGUUUCUGGAAACGGAGGACGACGCCGCCGUCCGAAAGAUGGCGCUGCGAGAGAUACGGAUGCUCAAGAAACUUCGCCACGAGCACCUAGUGAACAUGAUUGAGGUGUUCCGUCGCAAGCGGCGGUUCUACCUCGUCUUCGAAUACCUGGACCACACCCUCCUGGAUGAGCUAGAGGCAUCCCCUGGAGGCUUAGGAGAAGAUACCGCUAAGAGGCACAUCUACCAGCUGUUGAAGGGAAUCGACUUCUGCCAUCAGAAUUCUAUCAUCCACCGUGAUGUGAAGCCAGAGAACGUCCUAGUGUCCAAAACAGGCAUCGUGAAGCUGUGCGAUUUGGGCUUCGCCAGGGCUCUAGCGGCGCCAGGCGAGCCCUACACGGAGUACGUGGCCACACGGUGGUAUAGGGCGCCGGAGUUACUGGUAGCAGAGCACAGGUACGGCCCCGAAGUGGAUAUUUGGGCAAUCGGCUGCAUGUUCGCUGAAAUGUUGACCGGCGACCCGCUGUUCCCUGGCGAUUCUGACAUCGACCAGCUCGCACUCAUCAUCAAGACUGUCGGCAAGCUACCCCCGCGCCACCAGCAAGUAGUAGCUCGUCUGUCCGGCGGCGCCGCGCUGACGGCCGGCCCUCGCGGCUCUCUGCCCGGGACUGGGCACGCCAAGGACUUACUAGCGGCAUGUUUGAGGACGGAGCCCCGCGCGAGGCCUUCUGCCGGCGCGCUGCUUAGGCAUAAAUACUUCACUCAUGAUGGCUUCGUGGAUGUCUUCAACGCAGAACUAAGGAAUAAACUAGGAAAGGAACUACAGACACCUCCUCAACAGAGCACGGCGCGCGUUGGGAAACCACGUCAACAAUGGACGCUGAACAUAAUCCCUGACCACAGCAGGUCUUGCACGGAGAGCGCGGCCGGAGAGUCUUUGUUAGACUACAAUUACACUCCAGAGGCUCAAAUGGAGACAGUGGCGGAGAAAAAGCCAUCGCACCCCUCAGUGGCUUCUCACGUGGCCGCUGAGAACGCAGCGCAGUCUCGAAAGUCGUAUGCGACGACCACGCGGGCGCCGACUCGCGCGCUUGCCCCUGCCCUGAACGACGCUUUCCAAAGCUUCAACGUGCCCGUAAAUUCCUAUCCACGGACGCCUUACAUCAAGAAGGUGAACCAUAAGCUGGUGAUGGACGAAGACCUAGUCCGAGGGCGCGCGGCCACUAAGAAAGCCUUCAAGAAUCCAGAGUUCUCCUUGCCCUACGUUCCAGGAGCCAGCAAUAGCCCAGUGAAGAUAGCAAAGAAACAUUUGCCAGUUGGUGCCAACAAAUCCUGCGAAAAUUGGGAGCGGAACGCGGAAUUGGCGUCCAGUGCGAGAACUCUCACUAACCUACCGUAUAUGUGACAACACGGCCACGGGUUGCUCCGGGCCCUCUUCUACUAACCACUUCGAUACCACAACGCAAUUGCCUUUUAUAAUCAGAUUUACAAAAUACCAGAUUAUAUUGCCAAAUUAAAAAUGAAAAAUAUCUAAAUACCUAACUAUAGCUAUAACUUUUGCUCCGUAAAUACAAUUAGAAUCUGGUAAUUUUGUAAAAUAUGGUACUUUCAGUUGAAAUUUUAUAAACUGACCGUUAGCACUUCAGAGAUUAUAAUAUUAGAGAUAGAGAACAAUGUCAUUGUUCACAAGAUAAGAUCUCGAGUGAUAGACGGUAAAUUUAUAAAAUUUCAACUACAUAUAAUUGUAAUACAAAAUAAUACACAUGUCAACAGUUAGACCUGGUUUUAUCUGUCCCUAUUGUAUAUCCAUCGUAUAAAAAAAAGGAACCUCGACACGAAAAGAAGAAGAAUUGUAAAUGAAGUGUUGAUAUUUAUAUAUAUGAUACUUAUAAAAAUAGAAAUUAAAUUUAAUGUUCAUCCCAACUUGAGGUUUUUUUGGCUUCUUCUUCUUGUAUAAUUAUUUAUCUUUCAUUUUUCUAAAUUUUUAUUUAGUGUCUAAACAAUUAAAUAGUCCAUGUUGGUAAUCUAUACAAGUUUGUAUUGUACAGUGUCUAAACAAUAGUCCAUGUUGGUAAUCUAUACUAGUUUGUAUUGUACUUGUUUUACUAGUUUUGUAUUUUGUAUACAUUCAUAUGUUUAUUUUAGACUAUAAUAAUAUAGAUGCUUAAUUUAUUCUAUGAAAAUAACUGCGAAAGUUCUAGAUGUAUAGAAGACACUGCCAAAAAGUAUUUAGAAUGUCGAAUUUAUCUGAUAUUUGGAAAAGUUUUGUAAACAAAAUGCACAACUACUGUAUAAUUUUAAAAAUCGACUAAUGUAAUGGAUUUUGAUGUGAAUGGAUAAGUUUUGGUAUUACCUACAAGAUACAAAGAAUUGGCUAUUAAAUAACUUAUUAUCAUAA